CAUGUGACAUUUGGUAUUUCCUUGGUGUGGAGGAAAAUAAUAAUAAAUAUUUCGUAUAUUUCCUAAAGUAGAUCUAUCACAGAAAAACAUUAAAGUGAAAUGUGAAAAUGACAACAGUUUUACUUUCCUUAGUUAUUUUAACAUGGUUUGCAGAAGUUGAUAGUCAAAAAUGUGUCUACAGAGACCCGUGUACCUGCAGUUUUGACCAUUCAGCAGAAAGCGUAAAUUUCGGAGUGGAAGGAGGUGUCAUUGAUCUCCACAGAAUAUCAGAUGAUGGAAACCCACUAUUUCUAGAUCCCAGAGAAUCUGGAGGGAAAUUUUAUGAAUAUAGUCCAUGUAGUGCUCAUCCAUGUCCAACUAUAAAAGAUUCAUCUCUAUGUUUGACAACUAAGAAUACAAAGAAAGUCCUGGACUUGGGUGAUUUGAAGGACAUGACUUUCACUACUACUGCAAAUAAAACCACAGGGAAGCUCCAUACAUCAAUGAAAUAUAAGGCAUCAGGCACAAAUAUCACAAGUAUUGUUCAUCUCAUCUGUAGUGAAACUAAUGAGUUUCGGUUUGAGAAGAUGACAUCUGACAGUAAUUAUGAAUUCACCCUAUAUUCACCAUGUGUUUGUGUAGAUGGUUGCCUAGCACCAGGAAUUAGUGCCGGAUCUAUUAUUAUUAUACUCUUCUUCUCCUCCCUUUUGCUUUAUUUUGGAAUUGGUUGUUUGUAUAAAAAGGUUGUGUACGGUGCCACCGGACAAGAAAUUGUACCAAAUAAUAAGUUUUGGUUUUCAUUGCCUGGCCUUGUCAAAGAUGGAUACAUAUUUUUCAUUAGUCCUUGCUUGGGUGAUCGAGCAGAAUAUCGUGUAUAUGAUCGCUUAUAAAUGAUGUUAACCUUGCCUCAAAAAUAUCUAUGAUGUCUAUUUUUUGUACAUAUUCUCUCUGCAUACAGUAAUACUAGAUUAGUAUGAGAUUUCUGUAUUGUGAAUUACACUGAGAUAUUCUCAUUCUAACCUUAGUACUGUUUUAUGCACAUAUAAUUUUUAACCCCUUUCAGGGGAUGUUUGGACUAAGGACCCCACCCAUUCUGAAGAAUUAAUUUUAGCAAUAUGUGAAAAGUAAAUAUUCUAUAUGUUCUAUGUCUUUAUGUAAUUAAAAAUGUUCCUUCUCUAAAAUUAUUAAUAUUUAUUUAACUUGUCUUACAUAAAUCACCAUAUGUUUGGUGCAAUAUAGCCCGGUGGGUGUUGACGUGCCAUAAAACCACAUUUCAUUUCAUUUCAUUUGUAAAAUUAUUAGAAUCUCACAAUUAUUGCUAAAUAUUAGAGUUUUUAAACUCUAAUUGAAUGAUUUUUAUUACUUAAAAGUAAUAAAAAUUGUUUAAUGCUAUUUGGUUGGUCAAAGAAUUAAAGCAACAAAUGUCACUUUCUCUCUGUUAAGAUUAUCUUUCUGCAGUUCAAGCGGGUUUAUUUAAAUUGGGCUAUUUUCCUUUUAUAUUUUGCAAGAAAUUAAAACCAAUUAACUUCUGUGGGUCCGCAUAUAAGCCUCAAAACUUGAAACUGAGAAAAUAAUUUAAACAGUCCAAUACCAAAUUUAUGAUUUAUUUUUUGUAUUUAUUGAUGUGGAAUAUUAUGAUAGAAUAUGUUACUGGCUAAUUUAAACAGUCCAAUACCUAAUUUAUGAUUUAUUUUUUGUAUUUAUUGAUGUGGAAUAUUACGAUAGAAUAUGUUACUGGCUAUUUUAAACAGUCCAAUACCUAAUUUAUGAUUUAUUUUUUGUAUUUAUUGAUGUGGAAUAUUACGAUAGAAUAUGUUACUGGCUAAUUUAAACAGUCCAAUACCUAAUUUAUGAUUUAUUUUUUUUUGUAUUUAUUUAUGUGGAAUAUUUUAUAUACAUCUUAUCUUUUAUACAUGUAACAAAUUUUCUACCAUGAAGAUGGUUGUAAGGUUUAUGUUUGAAUCCAAAGAAUUGGUCCUUACUAACUAAGAGAUCAUAGGGUAGAUCCUAGUGCUGGCCGAGAAACCCCCUCAGGACCUUCUAACCUUCCCCUUGUCAGUGAUGCAGGAUGGGAGACCUGACAAGUAGAAGCAUCUAGUCAUUCGAUCAGAUAGGACAGAAAACCAUUUCCUACAUGAUUACUCAUUCGAGUACACAUAAAGGAACACUUGACUCUUGAAUUUCGAUGAAGAAUUGGCUAAAAAAACAACUUUCUGGACAAAAUCUCUGUCGCAGCACACUGCCUGUCUCCAUUAGCCCUUUUGGUCCAGAUAAUUAAGUCUCAUUUUUUAUAAUUUACUUAUAAUAUCUUAUAUAAGUAAGAGUAAUUAUUUCCAGGUACUUAAUAUUGAGCAUUAAUCAAACUAUUAUGUAAACUCAUAUUAUCAUAUUUUAUACAUAUUUUUGUUUAUGACUCCUUUUGAAACCCAAAGCUUUGUGAAAGAAACCUAAGAUGAUCAAAAUAAUUUUUUAUUUUUUAUUUUUAUUUUCAUUGUUCAAUUAGUAAGUUUUUUUGUCAGCUUUAAGAUUGUUAUAACUGUAUUCUUGUUUUUUGCCCCCGCCUUUUGAAAAAAGCAGGGGACUAUUAAAAUGGGUUCGUCCAUCGGUCUGUCUGUCCGUCACACUUUUUGUGACACAAUAACUCUCCUUCUAAUUGAGCUAGGAUGUUCAAACUUGGUGUAGGUGUUUAUUAGGUCAAUGCCUUAAUGGAAUUCGAAGAUGCGCAUUUUCUGAUUAGGUUAAGCAGAUUUAAGCAAUUUGAUUGGUUGAUACUUUGGAACACAAUAACUUUAGUUCUAAUUAAGUGAGAGUAAUAAAACUUGUCGUAUAGUUUCAUUACAUCAAUUCCUUUGACUAAGUUCGAUAAUGAGCAUUUUCUGCUCAGGGUAAGAAGAGCGAUAAGCAAUUUGAUUGGCCGAAACUUUGGAACACAAUAACUCUCCAUCGAAUUGAGGUAGAAUGUUCAAACUGGAUGUAGGCGUUGAUUGGGUAAAUGCCUUGAUCUAGUUUGAUGAUGAACAUUGCCUGCUUACGGUAAGCAGAGAUAAGCAAUUUGAUUGAUUAUGCUUUGGGACACGAUACUUUAGUUCUAAUUAAGUGAGAGUGAUGAAAUUUGGUGUAUAGUUUUAUUACAUCAAUACCUUGACUAAGUUCGAUAAGCAAUUUGAUUGGUCUAGACUUUGGAACACAAUAACUCUCAUUCUAAUUGAGCUAGAAUGUUCAAACUUGAUGUAGGCAUUCAUUGGGUGAAUGCCUUGAUCUAGUUUGAUGAUGAACAUUGUCCGCUUAGGGUAAGCAGAGAUAAGCAAUUUGAUUAGUUGAUGCUUUGGGACAUGAUAACUUUAGUUCUAAUUAAGUGAGAGUGAUGAAACUUGUCGUAUAGUUUCAUUACAUCAAUACCUUGACUAAGUUCGAUAAUGAGCAUUUUCUGCUCAGGGUAAGCAGAGCGAUUGGUUAAUGCUUGAUGCUUUGGGGCACAAUAACUUUGGUUAUAAUUGAGUGAGAGUGAUGAAACUCUGAGUAUAAAUUCAUUACAUCAUUAGCUUGACUAAGUUCGAUGAUGAGAAUUUUCUGCUUAGGCUAAGGAGCGAUAAGCAAUUUGAUUGGACAAGGCUUUGGAACAUAACUACUCUGCUUUUAAUUGAGGUCGAAUGUUUAAACUUGAUGUAGAUGUUCAUUAGGUGAAUGUCUUGACUGAGUUCAAUGAAUAAGAUUUCGAGCUAGAGCUAAGCAAUUUCAUUGGUUGAUGCUUUGGGACAAGAUAAUUUUGAUUCUAUCAGAUAGAGAGUGAUGAAACUAAAGUGGAUAGUUGAUAAUAAGUUUGACUGCUUGAUACUUUUUAAAAAAAUAAAUUUGCUAUAAAUUAAUAUGUGUCAUCUAUUUAUUUGGGGAUUUUGGUGGGGGACAUCAGCCUCACUGUUGGCUUGUUUGUUGGGUAGUGGGGAUGCACUAAUUGAAAAACUUGGGUCUUUCAGUGUAAGCCACAUAUUUAUGAGAAGAUCUGUUUUGCAGAAUAUAAUCAUUUGUUAUUAUGUUAACAUUUACAUCCAUUAUUUAUAAACAUGCUUUAAAUCUGUCCAAAACUCAACUUCUAUUGAUUUGAUAUGAUUUUUGUAUCACGCUUGAGCAUCUUUUUUAUUUAAUUUGUGAUUAUUUUUAUCGUUUGUUCAAAAUUUAGAAUUACGUAAUUUAAUAACUCUCUUUUACCUCCUCAUGUAAGAUCUGAUAUUAAUACACCAUAAAAUUAUAGCUUUAAUGAAAGCUAUCAUGUUCCAAAAGCUCAAGGUUGUGUGGCCACCUGCAAUUUAUUUCAUGCUGACAUUUAUAUUGUUUUUUUCAGAAAACCAUAUAGUGUUGUAAUUUUUAUUGACAAUGGUAUUUAUUAUAACUGACAAAUCUUGCUGUUAUUUAUGUUAUUGCUUUAUAAUGCUUUAUUAAUGUUGUAACAAGCAUAUUUAAUAUAACUAAAUCGUU